CCUUGGAUUCGUCGAAUAUGUUCGUGCUAAUGAAUAUAAAAGAAAAUUUUAAGAAUUAUUGAGAUGUUUACAAUCGAGAAACAGGCCAAGCGUUAAUCUCAGCAUACGAUGAGUGAAUCUAAAGCUGUGAAAAAGAUAUUUUAUUUCUUUCUAUUGCUCUCAUUUUCAAGUAGAAUUAUCAUAAUAUGUUUUACGGACCUUAAAGAGACGCCCAUGGGAAAAAUCGUACAAUUAAAAGCUAGAAUAUAUCCUUAUAAAUGGGAAUUUCGUACAGGAUUUCUGUUUCUUCUCUUAUUUAUAGUUGUCUUAGCAUUCAUAUCUGUGAAGAAAGAAUUACAUAGAAUUAAUAUCACUCUGGCUAUCUUAGUGAGUAUUUUGAUAAUAUGUGAGAUAGCCUUGGCAGUGAAGAACUUAAAUUGGCAAAAUGAAAAAUCUCAAGUCAUUAAGACACAAGGCGAUGGUAACAAAAUACUUCAGUCUUACGGGUUUGAUCCAGUGACAUCACAUAUCAUGGAUUAUGUUCAGAUAAAAUAUUCAUGUUGUGGUAUUGUGGACUAUCGUGAUUGGUUUACUACAAACUGGGCAACACGUGCUAUGAAACAAAAUGCAGUGCCUGCAUCUUGUUGCAAAAUUUCUGGACCAGGCUGUGGGGAUGAUCUUGACAUCAAGGAUCCAUUCGAGAACAUAUUUGUACAAGGUUGUACACAACUUUUAUACUUCAGUACGACUCGUAUGUAUGAUUAUUAUGGUGUUGGAAUGGCCAUGUUAUUUUUAAAUUGGUGUUUAGUGUUUACAUGUAUUAUAUUAGCUUGUACAGUAACAUAUAGCAGUGGUAUAAGUCGAGAUCAGUUUUUCGCUGGUGAGAAGCCAGAGAAAAAAGAGGAAAAGAGUGAUAACAACGCUUCAAAUAAACAUGGUAGUGUUGAUAAGCGAGCAAAAACAAGCGUGAAAAGGACUGGUGACGAACUUGACUUUGCUGAGGAAAAUAAGGCUCCAAAUGGAGCGAGGAAUUUAUUAAUAGAUAAAUCUGACGAACAAAUUAAUGUUGAAAAUCUCAAUUUACGUGACGAUCUUUAGCAAAUUAUCAACAAUAUAGAAGUUGAAUAAUAUUUCUUUCCACAUUGACAAA